ACGGGCAGCCGGCUCCGGCGGCGCUGCGCGCAGCCCCAGGCUGGCCACUUCCGAAGCUCCCGACGCCAUGGAGGAGUGGGAUGUGCCUCAGAUGAAAAAAGAGGUAGAAAGCCUCAAGUACCAGCUGGCUUUCAAGAGGGAGAUGUCCUCCAAGACCAUCCCUGAGCUCCUCAAGUGGAUCGAGGAUGGGAUCCCCAAGGACCCGUUCCUGAACCCCGACCUGAUGAAGAACAACCCGUGGGUGGAGAAGGGCAAGUGCGCCAUCCUGUGAAGCACCCCCGCCCCGACUCUUGCCUCUUUGUAGGGAGAACACCUCGAUAAAGGUGUGGCUUUUAUAAAGACUCUUUGAUGAUG